AUGGUCGUACACGAGCUGGGGGAAAACCGGGGAACUAUCUCCUUCUCGACUCUGAGCAGCGUCGAGUACUUUUCAUCCAGCGCCCAGUGGCAGAACUGUCAGCAAAUACUUCAGGCUGUGGAAGAAGAGCUCGCAGACGUGCUGUCGACCGUCCUGAAAUGGGAGGCGCGAGAGAAAGACAGAGGCCAGGAGCGGCCGCGAUGGACACGUAACGACGAGCGCAAAUACCGCGGCCUCAUUGGAAAGAUGCAAGGUUCGACGGGCCGUCGCACGCGAGAUUUACACAACUACCGCAACAGUAUUCGGUCACUGAAGGAGCAGCUGAUCAGCAAUCAGCAGCAGAGCCGUGACAACCUCUCCCUGAUCGACGCAGAGAACGUCCGGCUCUUCACGUACGUGACUGUUAUCUUCUUGCCGCUCGGCUUCGCAGCAAGCAUCUUCAGCAUGAGCGAAACACCACCAGGCGAUGUCCUCAAGCCCAUGAUUGUCUGCUCCGUCAUUGCCCUCUUCCUCACAAUUGUGGCACUGGCGAAUGCGAAGAAAGUGUCUAUGGCGAUCAAUAACUACUCGCAGGCGAAGAUGAACAGCAGUCUUUUUAACUUGAGACACGAGAUGCGUGGAAAUGAGGUGCAGACGUCACCCACACGACGUGAACAUGAGGAGGCCAAGGUUAGCGGGGUGUCUGGAAAAGACAAAAAGCCUGGCGGCCCUAGUUCAAGCCAACCAACCGUCCAAAAGGCCAGCUUUUCGGGGCACGUUCGAUUCUGGAUAGUAUAUCUAUUCAUUGACCUGCCCUCUGAGAAGGUCUCAACGGCAUGUGGGAUCUUGGGAGACACAGAGCCUAACCACUGGACCACCUACAUUCAUGUCGUUGUAGGAUUCAUGGUUUUGCCUGUACUUCUCGUUGCUCGCCUCAUCCAGAUUUUUCUUUACAACGCAAUCGAUUUGAGUCGGCUUGCCUGGGGCCAAUACCAACUUUUUGUUACAUCAGCGAAGCCGAAGAAGCAAGACUUGAAGCGUAACUGGCUGACAGACACCACGAGUCUACAUCGGCCGCUCAAGAAAAAGGUUGCAGAAGUGACAAAACGCUUAUCAGACCAGCAGGUUAGUAAGAACGAACCGGGUAGGGAUGGACAUCCCGGUACAAAAGAGUCUUGA